AUGGAGAAAAAUUGGCUAGUUAUUGUGGCUCUACUAUUUCCAAUCAUUCAAACAACACAAGCUCAAGACGGGACUUCUUCUUCGAAUUCAAAGCUAAAAGAUGCAUACACAGCUCUUCAGUCAUGGAAAUCUGCAAUAACAUAUGAUCCAUUAGGGGUGUUAAAAACAUGGGUGGGAAACAAUGUGUGUUCCUACAAUGGUGUAUUUUGCGGCAACCCUCAAAAUUCAACACUCCCGAGUGAUCUUGUUGUGGUAGGAAUUGAUCUCAACUUUGGUAAUCUUCAAGGUACGUUAGUGAAACAACUUUCACUUCUUUCUGAUAUAACUCUCAUUCAUCUAAACAGCAAUAGACUCACCGGGAACGUUCCGGAUACGUUUCAAGGUCUUAAGUAUCUUGCAGAAUUGGAUUUAAGUAAUAACUUGUUUUCGGGUUCUUUUCCUUCGGUUGUUCUUUCUCUUCCAGGAUUAGUAUACUUAGACCUUAGGUUCAAUGGAUUCUCAGGACCCGUUCCUGAUAAUCUCUUUACUAACAAGCAGCUCGAUGCGGUUUUUCUUAAUGAUAAUCAGUUUGUUGGGCGAAUUCCGUCAAGUUUAGGGAACUCUAAAGCUUCUGUUAUUACUUUUGCUAAUAACAACUUCAGCGGGGAUAUUCCGGCUAGUAUCGGAAACAUGGGUGCUUCAUUGAAAGAAGUCGUGUUUCUUAAUAACCAGUUAAAUGGUUGUAUUCCUGAAGGAAUUGGAAGGUUAACAGAAAUGAAAGUCUUCGAUAUCAGCGUCAAUUCGUUCACAGGUCACUUGCCGAAUUCUUUAUCUUGUUUGAAACAAAUUGAGGUUCUAAACUUAGGCCAUAACAAGUUAUCUGGUGUACUAUCUGACACUGUUUGUUCUUUGAGAAGUAUUGUUAAUCUUACUGUUUCGGGUAAUUUCUUUUCCGGGAUUAGCCCGAGUUGCAAGAACUUGUCGUUGUCAGGGAAUUCUAUUGGUUGUGACUUCUCGGCGAAUUGUCUACCAGGUUUAAAUCAGCAAAAAUCUCAACCUGAAUGUUCAUUGUUACCGAGCGGAAUGAAUUGUGUACAAAUUCCGCUCAUAACACUAUUGAGUUGUGGUUGAUUGAGCCAAAUAUCAGCAGUGCUUUCUAAGACUCGAAACUGAAUCAGAGCAGUGGUCGAACCAGGAUCGAAGAUAAGAGAGAGCAACAAAAAUCAAAGAGAAAAGUGCUAGUUACUUGUACAUGAGAAAUGAAUAAAAAUGUAAAUGCGGUGAUUUUGGCAAGUGGAGACAACUGGCUCGCAAUUUGCUCGGCCCCUGAUUAUCAGAAUGCUAGUUACUUGUAGUCUUGUAUAUGAAAAACGCGAAAUAUGAGAAUGAACAAAUUUAUAGAUAGUUACAAAAAAGAAGAACAAUCAAUUCUCUUUUCUGUCUGUACAUUUCCAAACUGUAUGAAAUCUAUGAAACUAAAACAUGUUUUUUUUUCUUUAUCUCAAUCUCUGUAUAGCCUCGCCGAAA